AUGGGUGUCGACCCUCUGUCUCCAAUUGCGCCUGUGCGCCUCAGAGCUCUCCUACUACCCAUUGGAAGGAUUAAGCGCUCGCGCUUUUUGAGUUUCGCUGCCCGACUACAAGCCGAGAAUGUAGUUCGAUUAGGGGAUAUCAGCCCCGAUGCGCGGCCAAACAGAAACAUGUUCUCGCCGCUGGCGUUUCCGACCGGCAUGAUCCUCUACGACCUUACGUUCUCCGUCCCCCCCACGUCGCACCUCGAAUUGUUUCCUUUUGAGAUUUACAGAGAGCCGUUGGUGGUCAUUGCGAUAGCAGACGGAACAGAACUGCCAGCGAGUACAGGAGGGAAUAACCAAAAGUACCCAACUCCAGAAGGACUCGAUCAGCUGUUGGAGGAGCUUGAUGGGUUGAAGGAGAUGAACCCCCGAGCAUUGGUGAACCAACUUUUGGUAUUCGAUCAUGAAGGCAUGGACAAGGUCACGAAUGGACCCGAUAACGUUCUUUGGGUUCCGCCGCCUCAGGCCUCCAAGGCCACCACGAUGAAAACCGUCUUGUGCGAUAUCACCUCGGUCUUGCUCUCCGAAUUGGACGAGUUUGCAAAGACCAUUCAGAGUAUACCGUCAAUUGAUUCGCCAAAGGCAUCUUCUUGGGGCCCGCACCGAAACCCAGAGCUACGACCACGGCCAGUGGACCGACUACUAAAUACCUGGAGGAUGACUAUGCCUGCGCUUCCCUCUAAUUCUAACGGAGCACCUGAUACCCCACUGAGCUCCAAUGCCAGUUCGCCAGCUCCUAGCGAUCAUGAGACUCCUACGACUUUUGACGAGAUCACACGUUCAAUUCAUCUAUCCAGCCGCACAAACUCAGGCAGCAGGACUCCAUCAAUAGCAUCGCCAAAAGAGCAUAGUCGUGACCGCAUGUCGGUCAGUGGUAUGAGUGCCACCGACAGGACUAAGAACCGAAUCAAGGGCCGAGCUGGUGUCGUCGUUGGAACUCUUUUUCUGCAGGCAGGAAGGUGGCCAGAUGCCCUGAAGGAAUUGACCGAAGCCGUGAACAAUGCCCGAGCCGGUAGUGACUAUGUCUGGCAUGCCAAAGCGCUUGAAUCAAUUUUGCUUUGUCUGCUAAUGUUUGGAUGGGCGGGCAUGGACUUCCAGAUUCCAUCGGUUCUGUAUCCAGUCGCCGACAAGUCUUCUAAAUCUUCCCGGGAUUCUACAACGCCCAGUAGUGCUGGAAACCGGGUCAUCUCUCUGCAGAAUCUAGCCAACCUCCUGCCAGAUCUCGCACACAAUAUUCUAAACCUCUACAACCGUGCUGCCAAUAUCACGGAUGAACCUCUACCACAAUUGGUGUUCUCGGAGACAGUCAUUCGAUUAUCACGGUUGUUGGUGUCAGCUCGCGUUCGCGACGGUGCUUUGGAUGACAAUGCCUUGAAACACAUCGUGAUGAACGAGCCACUGACUCCAUUGUUCCACUCAGAACUUCCUCGGGGAACUGUUAUUCUCCGCAAGUCUGAAAUUGCGAAUUUCCUAUACCGGGCAUUGCCACUUUCCCCUAGUGCGGACUUACCUGCGACUGACGCUGUGCCCAUCAUAGUUGGUGUCGUAUCCGUGCUUAACAUUCUUGAUCUACCAAGAAAGAAGGCUUUUAUUAUGCGCGAACUUCUUUCCGUCAUGGUACCAAGCUUGGUUCAAGCACGCAAAAUUGGUGCGGCAGAGGUCGGAAUUCAUCCCGCUGCUGGGCUGGCAUCUCUCAGCGAUGCUGCUUUCGAUGUCAAUGCCCUCGACGCAGGCUCUGGGAACAUGGAAACGAGUGUGCGCCUCCUUCUUGCCACAAUUGGAGAGAUAUAUGGAGUUCAGCCCUCGUCAUUCUAUGAAUGGGAGAAGAGAUCAAGUCAAUCAUCUGCAGUCAGCGGACUACAAGAAGGCUCUGAAUAUGAUUCAGUCUACAGUAUUGCUGAAAGGGCAUUCCGUCAUGUGGUCUUAGAUCGUUACGGUGAUCUAAACUUGAAGAUCGAUGUUCUCAAGGCUUGUAUCAACUGCUGCGAAGCUCUUCCAGAUUUCAAUGGUGUUCUCCGCUUCACGGUCGAGCUUUUGCAGACCAUCCGUGGAGAUAUGAUGCUGGGAGAGAAUUACAAAUCCCAGCCGUAUCUACCUCAAGAUGAACAAAUCCGUCUUCUCAACAAUAUCAAGCGUACUGUGGGCGCUGGUACCAGACUCGGUGCCGCUGAUAUGGUUGCGGAGUAUUGGGAUGACUUCUUAGUCCGUGAUGUUCAAUUGUUGGCACUUCCAGAUCCCAAACGCCCAGUUCGUCGGAACAAGACAGAACUAGACGCUGUUACUGCAGGCAUUGAGAAGUCGAAAAAGGACCCAUUCCUGUACAACCCCUUUGCCAAGGUCAGUAGCAAGGCAUUGGAAUUGCUCACGGUCACGGAUGAGUCUGCCUCGUUCCGAGUGACACUUCAAAAUCCUUAUGAAUUCGAGAUUGAGAUCGAGCACUUGCAAUUAGAAAGUAGCGGGGUAUCGUUUGAUGCUGUCGCAGAAAACAUCACACUUGCCCCUUUGUCUCUUCAGGAUGUUACCGUUCUCGGUGUCGCUCACGAGCCAGGUAGUCUUAACAUCACUGGCUGUAUCGUGAAGGUGCGACACUGUCGUAUGCGGAAGUUCCCAAUCUUCAAGACAUUCUGGAGACCCGAGCCUGAUGUUAAGUUCAAGCGCACAGGAUUAGGAGCAAAGAAGCCAUUGACAGAACGCCCGCUUUCCUGGAGCUCGACAACAUCAAAAGAUGGCAAGAUGGACAUCAAAAAGGGGCCUGAGACGGCGACUUGUGAGGUCAAAGUGAUUGGCAAACAGCCGUCUCUCGUCAUUGAGUCUAUGUCUCUGUCACAAUCGGCCUUGAUGGUGCUGGAAGGUGAAGUCAAGACAUUCAAUAUCACACUCCAGAACGCAUCGUCUUGUCCUGUGGACUUUGUUCUUUUUACCUUCCAAGAUUCAACCACCAGGCAGCUACAGUCUGCUCUCAGCAACAAGGAUCUUUUGCCUGUUGAGGUUUACGAGCUCGAAUUGAAAUUAGCAAACAAGCCUGCCCUGCGAUGGCGCCGUGAGGGUCCAGAACCCAGCGACUGUUCGAUUGGAGCUAACCAGAAGGCAACCUUCACUGUUGAUGUUCUGGGCAAGCCUGGUCUGCAGGAUACGACUGUGCAAAUUGACUACUCUUGCGUUGGCGCGACUCCUGGUGAACUGCCUGAUGUAUUCUAUACUCGCCAACUGUUUGUUCCAUUGACAGUCACAGUUAAUGCAAGCGUGGAAGUCGCCCGGUGUGAUGUCCUGCCGUUCAGUGGUGAUUUUGCCUGGAAGAACCACAUUGAACCACCUGUCGACUCUGAGAAGCCGGAUGCACUGCUCUCUACCACUGAUCACGAACCAUUCUCCCAGGUCUUGACCCGUCUUGGUAACGGAGCCUAUGGACCUGAUCACUGUGUUGUCCUGCUAGACCUACGUAACGCAUGGCCAAGUCCUCUAUCUGUAUGGCUGCGCGUUAGCGAGCACUCCAGAAGCGUCUCACCGGAGGCUACUGAAGACAAUGCCAGUGGAAAGUACUCCGUAGGUGGAGAACUGCAACCCGGUCAAGUCUGUCGAUUCGUCCUUGUCCUGCCUCGCGUCUACCUCGACAAUCCUCAUGCACCCAUCCCCGUCGUCAACACCGGCACUCGGAGACAGUUCGUUGUGAGUGCCAACAAGCUCUCCUUUGAAGCCGAGGCAGCCUCACGCGAAGCCUUCUGGUUCCGCGAGGAACUACUGAAGAGAGUCCUCGGCGGCUGGAAGGAAGCCGCCACAGGACGCGAGGGACGCAUUGACCUCCGAAACGUCCGACUGAACAACCGCAUGGUCGAAGCCAUGCGUCUCGAGGACAUCGAAAUGACCUUCUCCUUGACCUCACCAGCCUCGUCGGAGACAACCACAGCAGUAGAACAAACAGGCCGCUCUCGCUUCCGCGUGAAAACUGACGAUCUCCUUACCCUCACCGUCACCGUCCGUAAUCGAUCCUCUCGCGCCAUUCACCCCCUCCUUCGUCUCCAGCCCAGUCUCUGUCAUCAACCAAACAACGUUGCUUUAGACCUGACCCGCCGCCUAGUCUGGACCGGCAUGCUGCAGCAAGCCCUCCACAUUUUGCCAAGCGGCGAGUCCACCACCGCCUCUGUUGGAGUGACAGUUCUCUGUCGCGGAGAGUACGAGUUCGGCGCUAGUGUUGAAGAAGCCCGCCUCCUGCGUCCAUCAUUUGCCGAUGAUGACGAUGCUUAUGCUGGUGAUCCUGCUCACAGCCAUGAUUAUGAUGGUAUCAAGGAUACCUUUGGCGCAGAUGUUGUGCGUCGCCGCCGCAUCUGGCAUGCAAGAGAGCUCUGUACCAUCCAUGCGAACGACUAA